CCUAAGGACUAGGUGCAAUCAGAUUCCGCUGGAUCCAGAGGUGGAGGCUGGGGGCUGGGAAGGAAGGAAGGGAGGGGCUCAGCUUGGCACAGGAUGGGUGGGUGAGAAACUUGUUUUUCCGGAAGAGGGUCUGCGCUCUUGCAGAGCUGCAGAGGGGGUGACCGACCGAGCUGGAAGGAGAAAGGGGGCUACACCAGCAGCAGAGCACGCGCGGGUUCUUGGCUGCAGCCCCUGGCCGCAGCGCGUCCCGUUCUUCUCGCGCCGCCCCCCUCCCUCACCUCGGCCCUCUCAGUGAUAGCUCUCCCCCGACACCUCUCACUUACUCCCCUCCCCCUCCUCAUUGCCCUGCCCAGUCCAGCUAGCUGAGCUGAGCUGCGCUUGCGGUUGCGGCUUGGGCGCAAAGCUUUGCAGCCCUUUUUCUCCCCGCUCCACCUUUCCCUCUCCAGGCUGCAGACGCGUCCGGCCAGCUGCGCGGUUCAGCCCCGGAGGGCGGAGAUUUUGCUUCUGGCGGCAGCAGCUGGGCUGGGGUUUGAGUCAAAGGGCGCAGGCUCCCUCCGGGGUGGACCGACAGGGGAGGGGGUGGCCGCUGAGCUCUAGAGACUAAGCUAGGGCGUAGAGGAAGAGGAGGAGGAAGGUUUGCAGGAGAACGAAGAGGUCGUGGAGCUGGGGGCGGGGAAGGUACAGCUGCGGAGGCCCGCAGAGCUCUAGCUCUGGAGUGAGAGGGCCCGAGGAGCUACGAUCCACCCGAUCCAAGAGGGAAGAAGGUUUGUGCACCUGAUUUUGAGAUGAUGGGACUAGGAAAUGGACGUCGGGGGAUGAAGUCACCACCCCUCCUGGUAGCUGCUUUAUUAGCUUGUGUUAUUGUCUUGGGUUUCAAUUACUGGAUUGCAAGUUCCCGUAGUGUCAACCUCCAGACUCAGAUCUUGGAGCUGGAAGGAAGAGUCCGAAGGGCAGCAGCAGAGAGAGGUGCCGUGGAAUUAAAAAAGAAUGAGUUUCAAGGAGAAUUAGAAAAACAGCGGGAGCAGCUGGACAAAAUCCAAUCCAGACACAACUUUCAGAUGGAGAAUGUCAAUAAGAUGUACCAGGAUGAAAAGGCACUUUUAGUAAAUAACAUCACCGAAAGUGAGAAACUCAUCAGGAACCUGAAAGAACAUCUGAAAGACUUGCAGAAGAACUAUGGCAAGCUCCAGCAGGACAUACUUCAGUUUCAGAAGAACCAGACCAACCUGGAGCGGAAAUUCUCCUAUGAUCUGAGCCAGUGCAUCAACCAAAUGAAAGAGUUGAAGGAACAGUGUGAAGAAAGGAUAGAAGAAGUCACUAAAAAAGGAAAUGAAGCGACAGCGUCCAGAAACCUCAGCGAAAAAAAUAAUCAAAACAUCCAGCAAGCUGCCACCAAUCCGCUGGAGCCCAAACCACAAGAAUCGGAAGCGAAGGAGGUAGUCAUGAAGCAGGAGAAAGAAAAUAUAGUUCCUGAUGGGCCCACGUCUUCUGAGAAGACCUCCUACGUGGUGAGGAAAGAAGAAAAAAGAGAGGAGACCAAUGACAUCUUGACUCCCAUCCAAGAGGAGGCCCACAGUGAGAACCAGGGAGGAGAGCUUCUACCUCCAGAGCCAGGCAGAGAGCAGAACACUUAUGAAAAAGGAAAGGAAAAAGAGAGCACUGAACUCAAAGAAUCUGUCCAGACACAGAAGGGACCAGGCGGCCCUGGAGAAUUCAGCCAGGAGAAUCAUGACGCUGAGGAGCCAGAGAGGGAUGAACUUGUCAUUAGGGAAGAUGAACAGCCUGGCGAGCUGGAUGGUGCUAAUGACGGAGUAAACCAACCCAAACUGGAGAUAAAUGAAGAUUACAACAAUGAUGAAAACGAGGCUGAGUCUGAAAGAGACAAGCAGGCCGCUCUCACGGGCAACGAUAACCUAAAUGAACCAGAUGCUAAAGAGCAGAACAAAGACAACAUCCGCGAAAAUGUAGUUGAAGAAGAUGAAAAGAAGAAUCUGACACUGUGAAUCCAGGGUUCAAGGGAAAGCUUACAACCAUGGACCAUUCCUAAUUAGGGACUUCUCUGGCGAGUCAAUAUUAUGAACAAAGGAGGAAUGUGAUUAACCAAAACCCAACUGGAAUCUGAGCAUUAAUGUCACACGGCCAUUUCUGUAGCUCAGAACACACAGAUGGAAAUAUAGCAUGGUUACUAAUUUACUCUGCUCUUCAAGUGACUCCGUGCCUACUUGGGUUAAAACAAAAUUAAUUGAAGAUAUACUGUGUUGGAGAUUUGGGAAAGCUUGGAGAGAAAGGAGAAAAGGAACAAUGAGGUUUGUUUGUUUUUUGUCCUACAUUUUACACAUUUGCUUGUAAGGAGAAAUUAAAAAAAAAAACAAAAUGUCUAUGUAACAAUUUCAUCUGACCUGAAUAAUUUAAUUAGGUGAUGUUUAUUUUGAAAAUGAAUUCUUUUUCUGCUGUUUAAUAGUUAAAAUGACUUGUUAUAACACAGACUGUGAAUAUAGGUGACAGGUAGGAUGUCUUUGCUUAAUUUUUAAAGGAAAGAGUCAUCCAUCACAACUGUCCAUGAAAUUACUUUUUUGAAUGCAAAUUUUCAUAAUUAGGAAUAAAUCUGAUUACUAUAGGAAAAUAGAGAAAAUAAAGUUUACCUUUAAGAUGUAGUUAUAAACCUUAGGUUUAGAAUUGGAAAAGGGGCUUAGGAAUCCUUUCAUCCAUCUCCCUAAUUUUAAACCCAAGCAGAUGGAAGCUUCUUAAGGUUAAAUAGCCUUUCCAAGCUCACACAGAGCUAAACAAUGACGCAGGUCUCGCGAUUGGCCACCCAGCAUUCUUUUCCUUAUGCUGCACAGCAUUUGUAAGGGUAAAUAUCACAGAGAGAAACCAAGACUUGCCUUUGCAUGCCACAAGGACUUUCUCGCUUAGUUUUAUAUCUCCUUCUUUAGUCGGUUACCGUGACAAACCACUUCUUUAAAGCAGGAGCCUCUGUUAGAAAGCACUUCAACAAUUUCACGGUGACUUCUUGUGGCCAGAAACUUCCAUCUGUUGGCACUGAGUCUUGGGGUGAUGAGUAUCUUUGGACUUUGCUGGCAAGGCGGGUCCUUAGAGAAUGACUGUAACUAGCCAUGGAUUCUGCCUGUAAUAAUGAAAAUUAUGAGGCUUCUAGUAGCUUUAUAACUUUAUUAAAUCAAAGUAGUUUUAGUAGUAAAGAGAGGGAAAGAUAGGAAGUAGGUAGAGAGUCACUUAGAUUCCUAAUCUAUUGACCACCAUGAUGGAUUGAAGCUAAACUCUGACAAGGGUUCUUCAGCUCUCCACGAUCCAGCCAGAAGACCUCCACAGGCUCCUGGGUCUCCCCUUAUAAGCUCUUCUCCACCCACUAGCUCUCCCACAUCACAUCUCAGGAACCAAUCAUAGUUUCUUAAUUUGCCUGGGCUGCAGAGGUGGGCAGUGAAUCAGUUUCCUGUCUCGUUUGUUCCUUGGUUUUUUAACUUCCUUCCUCUGAGGGCUUAUUUAUACCUGAAUUACUCAGUGAUCUUUGAUCCCCAGGUCACUAAGAGAUGAUGUUAAACAAAGCGACAUAAUGGUGAGAAAAAUUCCCUUCUAACAGACCUAUUAGCAUAACUUGUCAGAACUUGCACCCUGCUGGCAUAGCUUUGGAGAACCCAUGUUCACCUUCCUGCCAUGACCAAAAAAAAAAAAAAUCUGGGCCUUCAGGACAACUGGUGGGGAAGAAAAAAAGGCUUUAUAAAAAAUAAAGCCUUGCCUAAAUUCUUCUCUGUGUCCUUUGGUAACCCGCUAAGAGAGAUUGUAUAUAGAGUCUCCUCUCUGAGAUUCUGCCAAAUGGCUUAUCCUGUUCUUACUCCUGCAGUGAUACAUUCAAGAAUUGAGAAAUAAAAUCAACCAUUGUCCAUGCAUCUACUCAAACUAUUUUAGCAGCCCAUGAAAGAACCUGACCUACCAUCAGAAAGACAGUUCACUUCACAUGGUUUUUCCCUUGGGCCAAGUCAUCCACAUUGAGUUUUUGCCCUCUAGUGGCCAUUGGCACCAAGGCAUGAGGCAGCAAGUCUGCUGCAGUUAAUCUGAGCUGUGGCUCCUGAAGAAUUAUCCUCAGGAAUGUCAAACCGGCAUUCCGUCCCUGAUUUUAGGCUCAGCCCCAGGUGCUCACCCACUAAGGAAGGACUCAAAGUAGCCAAGAAACUGCUUGUUCAAGCAUUCUGUCGGUCAUAGAAAUUGUUCUCCUUUACUAAAGUUUAAAGAACUUGAUUUCCCCCCAAAUCACUUAUAUUAGCCUCAAAUAAUACAAAGGCAUCAGGAAUGUAGAUGAUCUUUUCACAAAAGAGAAUUUUAGGCUAGUUUUUCCCUACAAUUUCAGUCAUAUGCUCUGACUCAUUAAGCAACUGCUUUUGAAGAGAUACUGUUAAUUGUUUUCUUGUGUCCAGUACAUUAACUGUACCUUUUUGUGCGUGUGUGUGUGUGUGUGUGUGGGGGGGUGUGGGUGUGGGUGUGUGUGAGGAGGGUAGGAAGAGGGCAGAAGAUUACCCUUUGAAGUAAAUCACCAGCUUACCACUAUUCCACAUUUUGAAGGAAGAAUUGCUUUUGUGUGACGGCCUCUUUUUUUUAAUGGUUAUUUGUACAACUUGUAGUAAUUGAUCUUUGUUAAACAUUUGCUUAUAGUAGAAUCUGGAAUGGCAAAAUUACACUGUGAAGAACUUUGAAAAUCAUGGGUCAUGGAGGGUAGAUUAGAUCCAAUCCUACAGCUUUGUAUUUGGCUUAGAUUAGUUUGUAUUCUGAAGUAGAGAAAGAGAUUAUAAUGUUUACCAAACUUGGAAAAACUUGUCUAACACUUGUUUGAAAUGUUUGUUUUGAAAUCGUUUGAUUAACUUUAGAAAAAUAUUUAAUACUUUAAAAUAAAAACAAAUUAUGUUCUA